UUUUUUUUUAAAAAAAAACCUUUCAUUAUGUAUAGGUUAUCGAGACUAUCAAAUACAUUAAGACCUUCAAUUAAGGCAUUUCCCGGAAUUACUCGUCAUUCCCCCAUUCGUUCUUCUUAUGCUCUCUUCCAUACCAACAAAGCAAGUCUUGCUGCACCAGAAAAAGCAGAUGGUUUCUUGCAAGGGAAUUCUGCAAACUAUAUUGAAGAAAUGUAUGAGGCCUGGUUAAAGGAUCCUAGUGCAGUGCACUUAUCUUGGCAAGUUUAUUUUAAAAAUAUGACUAAUGGUGUUAGUCCAGCCUAUUCUCCUCCUCCUACUAUCGUACCUUCAGCUAGUGCUCGUUUACCUGUCUUGCCCGGUGAUGGUAUCACAGGCAGUUCCUCUGAAGUCAUCGAUCAUAUGAAGAUUCAACUUUUAACAAGAGCAUAUCAAGUUCGCGGUCAUCAUAUUGCAAAUUUGGAUCCUUUAGGUAUUCAACAUGCUGGCCUUAAUUCUUUUACUCCCCCUCCUGAAUUGAAUCAUACAUAUUAUGGUUUUAAAGAUGCUGAUCUUGACAGAACUUUUACCAUUGGUCCUGGUAUCUUGCCUGCUUUUACCAAGAAUGGUACUACUCUUACCCUUCGUGAAAUCAUUUCUCAUUUAAAGAAGAUAUAUUGUGGUUCAAUUGGUGUAGAAUAUAUUCAUAUCCCUGAUCGUGCACAAUGUGAUUGGAUUCGUGAACGUAUCGAAACUCCUCAACCUUACAAGUAUUCUACUGAAGAAAAGAAAGUAAUUUUUGAUCGUUUAACUUGGUCUGAUAGUUUUGAGCGUUUUGUUGCUUCCAAAUACCCUUCUGAAAAGCGUUUUGGUCUUGAAGGUGGCGAAACUUUGAUUCCUGGUAUGAAAGCCAUGAUUGAUCGUGCUGUUGAUCUUGGUGUAGAAUCUAUUGUCAUUGGUAUGCCUCAUCGUGGUCGUUUGAAUGUGCUAUCUAAUGUUGUACGUAAGCCCAAUGAAUCUAUUUUCUGUGAAUUCAGUGGCGCUCUUGAACCUUCUGAAGAAGGAUCUGGUGAUGUUAAAUACCAUCUUGGUAUGAAUUACGUUCGUCCUACUCCCUCUGGUAAACGAGUUCAUCUUUCAUUAGUCGCCAAUCCUUCUCACUUGGAGGCAGUGGAUCCUGUUGUACUUGGUAAGACACGUGCACUUCAAUUCUAUGGCAAGGAUACGAAUGGAGAUCGUGCAAUGGCUGUUUUAAUUCAUGGUGAUGCUGCCUUUGCUGGCCAAGGUAUUGUUUACGAAACUAUGGGUUUCCAUGAUCUCCCUUCUUAUUCUACAGGUGGUACCAUCCAUGUUGUUGUAAAUAACCAGAUUGGUUUUACAACAGAUCCUCGUUAUGGUCGUUCCACUCCUUACUGUACUGAUAUUGCCAAGUCUAUUAAUGCUCCCAUCUUCCAUGUCAAUGGUGAUGAUGCAGAGGCUGUGACGUAUGUUAUGCAAUUGGCCGCAGACUGGCGUCAAAAUUUCCACAAGGAUGUUGUGAUUGAUUUAGUCUGUUACCGUAAACAUGGCCAUAAUGAAACUGACCAGCCUAUGUUCACACAACCUCGUAUGUAUGAUGCCAUCACUAAACAAACACCUGUAGCUGAAAAAUAUGAAGUCCAAUUGAAGGAAGAAGGAUCUCUCUCUGAAGAAGAGAUCAAGGCUACAAAGAAACGUGUUUGGAAUAUUCUCGAAGAAAGCUACUCUCGUAGUAAGGAUUAUAAGCCUACUUCUAGUGAAUGGCUUUCUAGUUCAUGGCCUGGAUUCAAAUCACCUAAAGAAUUAGCUGAGGAGAAUUUACCACAUUACCCUACAGGUAUUCCACGUGAAGCCCUUCAAACAGUCGGUAAGGCGCUCAAUACUUUACCCCAUAACUUUAAUAUUCAUCGUAACUUGAAGCGUAUCCUUCAGAAUCGUGAAAAGUCAUUGAAGGAAGGUAAGGAUAUUGAUUGGUCUACUGCUGAAGCUUUAGCAUGGGGUUCCUUACUAGCAGAGGGGCGACAUGUCCGUAUUUCUGGUCAAGAUGUUGAACGUGGUACUUUCUCUCAACGUCAUGCAGUUCUUCAUGAUCAAAAAGAUGGAUCACUCUAUACUCUCUUAAAUCAUAUUAGUCCAGAACAAGGUAUGCUUUCAAUUUCCAAUUCCUCCUUAUCCGAAUAUGGUGUCCUUGGCUUUGAACUUGGUUAUUCCUUAGUCAACCCCGAUUCUCUCGUUGUCUGGGAAGCACAAUUUGGUGAUUUUGCCAACACAGCUCAAGUCAUUGUAGAUCAAUUUUUAGCAGCUGGUGAACAAAAAUGGCUUCAACGCUCUGGUCUUGUUCUGUCUUUACCUCAUGGUUAUGAUGGCCAAGGACCCGAACACUCAUCUGCACGUAUUGAACGUUACUUACAACUCUGUGAUGAUGAUCCAUACCACUACCCUAGCCCUGAAAAGCUCUCGAGACAACACCAAGACUGUAACAUGCAAGUUGUUUAUGCCUCUACACCCUCACAAUACUUCCACGUCUUGCGUCGUCAAAUCUGUCGCCAAUUCCGUAAGCCUCUCAUCUUGCCCUUCUCCAAGUCCCUCUUAAGACAUCCCAUGGCACGUUCUCGUCUUGAAGAAAUGACAGGGGAGAGCCACUUCCAACUCUACUUGCCUGAAGAGCAUCCUGACCAUCUAGUCCAACCCGAACAAGUCAAAAAGCAUGUCCUCUGUAGUGGUCAAGUCUAUUAUGCACUUCUUAAGGCACGUGAACAGAAUGGUAUGAACGAUAUUGCCAUCUCUCGAGUAGAGCAAUUGAAUCCAUUCCCUUAUGAACAAAUUAAGCAACAUGCAGAUAAGUAUCCUAACGCAGAGAUUAUAUGGUGUCAGGAAGAACCUAUGAAUAUGGGGGCAUGGCAACAUGUUCAACCACGUAUCACCACAUCACUUUCACAAACACAAUAUCAUCAAGGUAAAUCACCUAAAUAUGCUGGUCGUGCACCCUCUGCUUCUGUUGCUACAGGUAACAAGAAGAAGCAUUUCCAAGAGGAAUACGGACUUUUGAGUCAGGCUUUGAUUGGUGAAGUUCGUAAACCUAAAGAAAUCACUCAAGGUACUCCUGUCUGGUAAAAAAAAAAUAAAGGUCUAUUUUUUUUUUUUUUAAUUUAUUAGAAUUUGUGUGUUGUAUUCUUCAUUUAUAUAAAUAUGU